AGAGCUUGAAAAAUAAACUGCUAUCUGGCAACAAACUGUGUGAUGUCCAUGCAGAAGAGUCCAAGAAAAUCCAGGCUCAACUGAAAGAGCUGCGGUAUGGGAAAAAGGAUUUAAUUUUCAAGGGACAGCAGCUAAUGGAUCUGGAGCACAAGUUAACCAUUGCCAAAGAAGAGUUGGAAAAGGCCGCACUGGACAAGGAGUCUCAGUUGAAGGCACUGAAGGACACAGUGCACAUCUGCUUCUCUGCUGUUCUGCACAACCAGCCCACCAGCAGCCACAGGUUCCCUGCCACCCCCACCCACUUGUUCAGAUAUUCCUCACUCGUCAACAGCUCCAUAGUCACCUUUCAGCAGCCACAUGCCAAGGAUAUCCCGAAAGUUCAGAGAAUCAUCACAGCCAGUAAAUCGCCUGCGAACAUUGGAGUAAUGAGGAGAAAAAGUAGUCCAGGAGUCAAGGACUGCCAGAUGGAAAAGAUUGGCGGGGAUUGCUUCCAAAACCAGACGGAGACAGAAUCCUCUCCCGACAGUAAAAAGCUGCUGGAACAGCAGCAAAGGACCGCAGCGCAGAUUGUAAAAUCGAAUGCAAAGCCCUCCGAUGACAGGGAGGAAGUGGAGGGAGGCAGCAAAAAGACAAAACUACACAAAAACAACUGAAUGGAUGGGAUAUCAAUGGAGAUGCAAAACACCUGCGUUACCUGGAGAUCUUUUUCAGAGCACAUACUUGUGCCCACACACAUGCACACGCACUCACGCACACACACACUGUUUGCAAAAGAGAUACAGGAAUUGUUGGAUGAAAACAAACUUCUCAACCGUGAAAUUUUGAACUUUCUCGAUUGAAAAUCUGCAUAAUAAAAUGGCAUGCAUUCUAGACUUCUAGACUUAUUUUAAAGGUAGCAAUGGCACUGGUAACUUGUUUUAUGAUUUUUCAUUGGGUUUUAUUUCAGAGCGAGGACACUACUUUCUACAGUAAAUGUGUGUUAUUUCUAAAUAAAUCCCUUUGCACUGGUGAGGUCAUGAUAUUCUGUAAUAUAAGUACUCCCAUUAACAAAAACUGCUGUAACACCAAACUUACAAAUAUGGUUUGUCACUCAUUGUAGCAAGGUUAAUUUACUCUCUCCUCCAUAUUUUGAAGUAUAUAGGCUCUCAAGUUGGCUGGCCAACUUCUUUCAACAUUUAAUAUUUCAGAGCUCUUUCUGCCUUUAACAUGCUAGAGGUGAAGAGCCAAAGACUCACAAUGAGUCGUCUCCCUGAGAAUGUGCCAUGCACUGAGUAGUUACCCCUAGCUACAUUUAUCUGUGUUAUUUGACCUUUCUGUGUUCUUUCAAUAAACUGUGAUUUUCAGUAAAUGUGUGAAGAAUAAAUUGAUAUUUGUGGAGAAAACAAA